AUGAGUAUUUUAUUUUUUUACUUUUAAGAAAGAAAAAAAGUAUAAAAAUUUAAAAAAUUAUUAGAAAAUAAAAAAUAAUAUUAAGAGAAUUUUUUUAUAAAUUUAUUAAUAUUUUUUUUCUAUUUAAAAAAAAAUUAUAAAAAAAAAAUCUUUAAAAAAAAAAAAAUUAAAACAUGCAAGAAGGUAAAAAAUAAAAAUAUAUUUAAGAAUAAAAUCAAUAAAAUUAAAGAAUAACGAGUAGAAAUAGAUGAUAAUUAAUAAAUAAAUGAAGAAUAUAAAAUAUGGAAAAGGAAUACACCAUUUUUAUAUGAUAAUUUACUUACACACGAGUUAGAAUGGCCUUCCAUGUCAAUAUAAUGGUUUCCAGAUAAUUAAAUUGAUGAUGAAGGAAAUUUUUCAAUACAUAAAUUAUUAAUAACAACACAUACUUCAGAUUAAGAUAAAGAAUACUUAAUAAUAGGUAAAGUAAAACUUCCAUUAGAAAAUACUCCAAUAGAUAUAACAGAAUAUUAAUUAGAUGCGUCUGAAAUCGGAUAAAUGGGUUUAGCAUCAGGGUAAAACAAAAUUGAAAUCGAAACUAAAAUCCUUCAUGAAGGAGAAUCAAAUAGAGCUAGAUAUAUGCCUUAAAAACCUAAUAUAAUAGCAUCAAAGCUUACUUCAGGAAAGGUUCAUAUUUUUGACUCUACAUAAGUAAAUAAUGAGUAAGUAAGUCCUUUAUUAAUUUUAUAUGGACAUUCUUAAGAAGGAUUUGGUUUAAGUUGGAACCCAAUAAAAUAAGGCCUUCUAUUAUCUGGAGGAUACGAUAAAAAAAUAAUAGUAUGGGAUGUUGAAAAAGAAAAUAAAGAAGCCUUAAUAUAAAUAGAUUUUCAUAAAAAUUAAAUUGAUGAUGUUGCCUGGCAUUUUUUGAAUGAAGAAUUAUUUGCUUCUUGUAGUAAUGAUAAAACAAUAGCUUUAUGGGAUUUAAGAUAAAAAAAUAAUGCAGGAUGUAUAAAUCCUACUAAUUGCACAUAAGCUCAUGCAGGUGAAAUAUAUUCUAUUGACUUUAAUUAAUUUAACGAUUUCUUAUUUAUUACUUCUUCUGAAGAUCAAACUGUUGGAUUUUGGGAUAUGAGAAAUACUUCUAAAAGAUUACAUACAUUUGAAGGACAUAAUGAUUCGGUAUUAAAAUGUUAAUGGAGUCCUUUUAAUAGUGGAAUUUUCGCAUCUUGUUCGGUUGAUAGAAGAGUAAUGAUUUGGGAUAUUUUAAGAUGUGGAUAAAAAAUCUCUAAUGAAGACUUAUAAGAUGGACCACCCGAAUUACUUUUUAUUCAUGGAGGUCAUAGAAAUAAAGUCUUAGAUUUUAGUUGGAAUUUAAAUGAAAAUUAUUUUGUUGCGUCUGUUGAAGAUAGUAAUAUUCUUUAGGUUUGGUAAAUGGCUAAAAAUAUUUAUGAAGAAAAUGAAGAAGGAGAUAAUAAUAAUUAAAAUUAAAUUGUAGUUGAAAAUAAUAGGAGUUGA